UACACCAAAAAGGAAAUGACGAAUUAUCUGAUCAGAAACGGCGGAGGACUGGCUCUGCUGUGUGUGCUCCUGGGGACGCUGUGCAAGACUGGAUCCGGGCAGAUUCGCUACUCAGUGCUGGAGGAGCUGGACAAAGGCUCCUUCGUGGGCAACAUCUCCAAGGACCUGGGGCUGAAGCCCCCGGAGCUGGCAGAGCGCGGAGUCCGCAUCGUCUCCAGAGGUAGGACGCAGCUCUUUGCUUUGAACUUGCGAAGCGGCAGCUUGGUCACCGCGGGCAGGAUAGACCGGGAGGAGCUCUGCCCUCAAAGUACGCUGUGUCUAGUAAAACUUAACAUUUUGGUUGAAGACAAAUUGAAAAUUUUUGAAGUAGAAAUAGAAAUUAGAGAUAUUAAUGAUAAUGCUCCUGAUUUUCUAACGGAGGAAUUGGAAAUAAAAAUUGGUGAACUAACGGCUCCUGGAACUCGAUUUCCACUUAAGACUGCAUUUGAUCCAGAUGUAGGCAUGAACUCGCUGCAAAAAUACCAGCUAACCCCCAAUGACUACUUCUCCCUGGCUGUGAAGAUUAUUUCCGAUGGGGCCAAGUACCCAGAGCUGGUGCUAGAGCAGUCUCUGGACCGUGAGGAAAAGAAAGUUCACCAGCUUGUUCUCAUUGCUUCUGAUGGUGGGGAACCUAUUCUUUCUGGCAACUUGUGCAUCCAAGUGAUAGUUCUGGAUGCGAAUGACAACCCACCAGUAUUUAGUCAGCCUGAGUAUCGAAUAAGUGUUCAGGAGAACUUUCCAGUGGGGACCCGGCUGCUCACUGUGAAUGCCACUGACCCUGAUGAAGGAUUCAAUGCUCAAGUGUCCUAUAUACUAGAUAAAAUGCCCGGGAAAAUUGCUCAGAUUUUUAAUCUCAAUUCAGUCACUGGCGAUAUAUCCAUAUUAAAAAGUCUAGAUUAUGAGGAUGCUAUGUUCUAUGAAAUUAAAAUUGAAGCACAAGAUGGACCAGGUCUCCUCGCAAAAGCUAAGAUUCUAGUGACAGUUUUGGAUGUAAAUGACAACGCACCAGAAAUUACAAUCACUUCUUUCACAGGAACAGUCUCAGAAGAGGCAACUGCGGGAAAAGAAGUUGCCCUUGUCAAUGUCCAUGACCGGGAUUCUGGGCAAAAUGGGCAAGUCACAGUUUUUGUCUUGGGAAAUUUGCCAUUUAAUUUGGAAAAAUCAAUAGACCAAUAUUACCGCUUAGUGACAGCCAGCUCCCUGGAUCGGGAACAGAUUUCUGAAUACAAUAUCACUCUGAGAGCAACAGAUGGGGGAAGUCCACCACUGUCUACAGACACUCACAUCACCCUGCAUGUGGCAGACAUCAAUGACAACCCACCUGCCUUCACUAAUACCUCCUAUUCUGCCUAUAUCCCAGAAAACAACCCCAGGGGUGCUUCUAUCUUCUCUGUCACCGCCAAGGACCCUGACAGCAUUGAGAACGCCCACAUUACUUAUGCACUGACUGAGGAUAUUGUCCAGGGGGCACCUCUCUCCACUUAUAUCUCCAUCAACUCUGACACGGGAGUCCUCUACGCUCUUCGAUCUUUCGACUAUGAACAGGUUAGAGACAUGAAGCUACUGGUGACAGCCAGUGACAGUGGGGACCCUCCUCUCAGCAGCAACGUGUCUCUAAGCCUGUUUGUGCUGGACCAGAAUGACAAUGAACCUGAAAUCCUCUACCCCACCCUCCCCACAGACGGUUCCACCGGUGUGGAACUGGCGCCUCGCUCUGCAGAACCUGGAUAUUUGGUGACCAAGGUGGUAGCAGUGGACAAAGACUCAGGCCAGAAUGCCUGGCUGUCCUACCGCCUGCUCAAGGCCAGCGAGCCAGGGCUCUUCGUGGUGGGGCUGCACACGGGCGAGGUGCGCACUGCGCGCGCCUUGCUGGACAGAGACACGCUCAAGCAGAGCCUAGUGGUGGCGGUCCAGGACCACGGACAGCCCCCUCUCUCUGCUACUGUCACGCUUACUGUGGCUGUGGCUGACAGUAUCCCUGAUGUGUUGGCUGAUUUGGGCAGUCUUGAGAUUUCUUCGACCCCAGAGACCUCAGACCUCACGUUGUACCUGGUGGUGGCUGUGGCCUCAGUCUCCUGCCUCUUCCUCGCUUUUUUCAUUGUGUUGCUGACACUCAGGCUAAGGCGCUGGUACACAUCACGUCUGCUCCAGGCUUCAGGAGGGGGGUUGGCAGGCGUGCCUGCCUCGCAGUUUGUGGGCAUGGACGGGGUGCGGGCCUUCCUGCAAACAUAUUCGCACGAGGUCUCCCUGACCGCGGACUCGCGGAAGAGUCACCUGAUCUUCCCGCAGCCCAACUAUGCGGACACGCUCAUCAGCCAGGAGAGCUGUGAGAAAAGCGAGCCUCUCCUAGUACCUCAAGAUUUACUGGAAGCAAAAGGAGACCCCAAACUACUUCAGGUGAGUUUAUAUCAUUUUUUGGAAAUUAUAAGAAACAAUUAUGCCAGUGUGGUUAUUACAAAGCUUAGUCUUGUUUCAGUGUUUGUUCUUCUCUCAUUUUGA